AUGGCUGCUGCAUUAAAACCAGAAACUCAAGUCAAGAAGGCUAAGACCGACGCUAAGAUCUUAGAAAAGAGAGCCGCUGACAAGGCUGCUCGUAAGGUUACUUCUGCUGAAAAGAGAAAGACCAUCUUUGACAGAGCUGCUGCUUACCAAAAGGAAUACACUGAAGCUGAACGUUCAGUUAUCCAAGCUAAGAGAGACGCUAAGGCUUCCGGUUCUUACUACGUUGACGCUCAAGAAAAGUUAGUUUUCAUUGUCAGAAUCAAGGGUAUCAUGAAGAUUCCACCUAAGCCAAGAAAGGUUUUGCAAUUAUUAAGAUUGACCCAAAUUAACGCUGGUGUUUUUGUCAGAUUAACCAAGGCCACUUCUGAAUUAAUUAAGUUAGCUGAACCAUACAUUGCUUACGGUUACCCAUCUUUGUCUACUAUCAGACAAUUACUUUACAAGAGAGGUUACGGUAAGAUCAACAAGCAAAGAAUUGCUUUGACUGACAACGCUAUCGUUGAAGCCAACUUAGGUAAGUACGGUAUCUUAUCUAUCGAAGAUUUGAUUCACGAAAUCUACACUGUUGGUCCAAACUUCAAGCAAGUCAACAACUUCUUAUGGCCAUUCAAGCUUUCUAACCCUAACGGUGGUUUCAGAGCUAGAAAGUUCCAACACUUUAUCCAAGGUGGUGACUUCGGUAACAGAGAAGAAUUCAUCAACGCUUUAGUUAAGCAAAUGAACUAA